AUGAUGUUUUACCGCAUUAUCCUCUGUGUAAGCUUAGCAGCAAGUGUGCUAGGCUUAGAUUCAGAUGUAGUUGUCCUGCGUGCUGUACGAGGCCGUGAUGCUCGACUCCCUUGUGGUCAAGGAAAGGUGUUUUUGGAUGGCCCAGACUCAUAUGUUCUAUGGCUCAAGAAUGAUAGAGACUUCAUACAUAGGUUCCCGAGCGACGAAACAGAACCCAAGAUUGUCAACCAAAAUCAAAUAUUUGGAACUCCGUGCGACUCCGUGUUGUGCUACGAUGACACCUCUCUCCUUCUGAAGCGAGUGAGCGAGCAGGACAGCGGAAUAUAUCGAUGUAGAGUCCACUAUCAAGCUUCGCCUUCCCUUGAUUAUGUAAUCGAUGUGAGGUUGGUGGAUUCUCCAGGAAUGCCAAAAAUUUUAAAUGAAAAACGAGAAGAAAUCAAGAGAGGGUAUGUCGGACCACUUAGUCUUGGCUCCGAACUGACACUGAUUUGCGAAGUUGAUGAUGAUCAACCGGACACGCUGGUGUACUGGCGUCGUAACGGCGUGACGUUAGAGCGCGCUCACACCGCAAUCGGCGGCGUGCUCCGCUCCGAGGUGCGUGUUCACAACGUGACUCGCGACGAGCUCGACGCGCAUUACGAGUGUGUCGCGCAAAACGCUGACGUCACCGAGCCGCUUACUACCAGCGUGGUCGUCAAAAUGUAUCUUCCACCUUUGGACGUGGAGAUCCGUCUGAACAACAACUUCGAUUUCGAAGCGGGUCAGCCGAGAGUGGUCGAUUGUGUUGUGGUGGGCUGCGUUCCACCACCCGCUAUCACUUGGCAUUUAGGAGACACUUUGUUGAGAUCAACCGUACAUAAGGAGUUACACGACGGCAACUUCACUGUUUCGUCGCUGACUCUCGCGCCGUCACUCCGCGACAGCAAACGCGACCUCACAUGCCGUGCUCACAACUCACACUUGCCGACAUCGGUCUUUGAAGACAAAGUCACCUUAAAUGUGGGAUACCGACCAAUUUGUCUGACAAAUCGGGAAGAAACGGUUGGUGCAGUUCUUCACGAAACAGAAACAGUGACCUGCGUUGUCGAAGCUUCUCCAAAACCAUUGCAGUUUAGUUGGACAUUUUCUGACUCUAGGACACUGUACACUAGUGUCAAGGCUGUAGUCGGUCACCACAACCGUUACUCGUCCACGUUGACGUGGAUGCCUCGAGACAGUGACGUGGGCUUGCUGCUCUGUCGCGCGACGAACUCGUUCGGCGAACAAAAGCGACCGUGCUCGUAUACAAUCACGACCGGCGGACCACCGCACGCGCCCGAAUGCGUUGUCUUACAAUCAUACCCUAACGCUGUUCGAGUUCAAUGUCAAAAAGGCUGGGACGGUGGCCGAAUACAAAUAGUUCACCUAGAACUCCUUAAUUCUGAUGGUACAGUGUUUCAAAAUGUAUCCAACGGAGCCGGAAAUUUCUACUUACCGGAUAUUAUUGACAACAGAAACUUAACAGCUUUAGUAUACGCCAGCAGCUCGCGUGGCCGAAGUGAGGCUAAAACGAUAAACCUACAGAACAUUACACCUUUGAGCUCAUCAGUUGCAACAGAUGAAGCCCCGAUCCGUACGUGGAUGCCGUGGCUGAAAGUGAUGUGCGGGACACUGGCCCUAGCAGCUGCGGUCGCCGCUUCAGCCGUCUGCAUAAAAUUAACGAUGGUGAAGCGAGAUAGCUCCGAGCUCAACCCAGAUUUAGUGCCAAGAUCUGAUGGUUCUUUUCACCGUGAGCCAGACUUUACAAGAGAAGAACGACUGUUGGGUACCACCAAUAUCACAGUUAAUCAAUUACCCGCGUGUCAAAAUCAAUACAGCUCAACUCCGAUACCACCAUGCCGAGUACAUGUGGGUUGCGGGCCUCCUACUCCUCAAGACACGUACACGAUUAGCCAACAUACGUACUACGUGUAG